CCUCAUUCGAUCCACACUAUCGAGGAACAAGACUGGCCUCAAACGCGACAAACACGACUACUACGGUUAUUGAUCCAUUCACAACCAGUUGUGCACCCUCGAUUGUCAAUUGUCCAAAUAGCAUUACGUUACAGGAUGACGUGCGUGUGCCAGCACACUUCAAUGAGGCUGGCUGUUUUUAGUUGUUGGUGCUUAAACCACUUUGGGUUGUGCACUUCAAAGCCUGCUAGCGUAGGAAGUGAAAGAGCCGCUUGCUGUUCUGGUCGACAUCUGGAGCGGGAACCAAACCGAACCCUUGUCCGAACAAGAGCCCAAAUUGAUCCUAGGACAUCCACGCCAUCAGAAUUGACUACGGUCAGUAUUCAUCCAUUCGCAACCAUUUGUGUGUACUCGAUUGUCCAGAUUGCGCUACGUUACAGGAUGACGUAUGUGUGUCCUUUCAUGUGGCUGAGACUGAGGCCGUUUCUGCAAGUCGGUGCCAUUCAUUCGUUACAACAUGCGCUCACGACAGAAAGCGAGAAAGAAACAAGACAGAAAAUGGCUUCAUGGGCGAAGGCUGCCGAUGAGGGACAUGAAAUGGUAGCCCGGCAUGGCAUGAGUCCUGUUUCUGAGCCUACUUUUCUCGUGCUGUACUCACGGAACCACUGCUCAUCAUUCAGACGCAUAGACAUGAGAUUUUGCCAAGUUCGUUUUCUUAGCGCGAACGCAAGCGUGUCAACGAUAGCUCAGCCUAAGCAGCAGAAAGACUACAUUCCUAGUAGGUCAUUCACGCAAGAGAACUAUUGUUUAUCAUUUUAUCACUGUAUAUUUGGUUUAUUUGCAGGUUAUGUGACGUUAUGGAUUUGUUCAUGCAACUAGAUAAUGGUCUUUCCGACAGAUAACUAGGUUCGUAGCCAGCACCACGUACAGUUGCAGAAUCCGUCUUCGCCGACCUCAUCCCAGCGAUUAUGUCCAGGGGAAGCGGUGGUAACGCUGACCUGCCACAGCGAAG